AUGAAGAUUUCGGAACGAUCCGGAAAUUUGGAUAGGCAUGAUGCUAAUUUGCCAGUAGCAGGUUCAACGUCAGGAGCACUACCAACAUCUUUACCGCAAUGGACACAGGAUGGCGCAGAAGAUGCAGCACCGGAACAACCGUGGGAAGGCCCAACACCGAGACAGAUAGCGGCUAGGCAUGUGAUGGCUAAAGAGUUACCUACAUUCACGGGUAGAGCGGAAGAAUGGCCGAUGUUCUUCAGCUCUUUCGUCAAUACCACUCAAGCGUGUGGGUAUUCGAACGCAGAAAAUUUGUCAAGGCUACAGAAGUGCUUGAAGGGAAAUGCGCUUACUCACGUUCAGAGCUUAUUGUUGCAUCCGGAAGGCGUGCCGCAUGUACUGACCCAAUUGGAACAACUAUACGGACGCCCUGAGCUGCUGAUACAUACGUUGUUGCAGAGGAUUCGCGAGGUUCAGUCCCCGAAAGACGGUGAUCCCGAAUCAUUGGUCGCGUUUGGAUUGAUGGUGCAGAAUUUGUGCAAUCACAUGAUUGCUGCCAGGCAAGAGGCACAUAUCAACAAUCCCGAGCUGCUGCACACUCUCAUAAGCAAACUGCCGGUUAAUUGGUGGAUGGAUUGGUCGCUGUACCAGGAACGGUGCACGGUUGUGAAUAUACAAACUUUCUCACAGUAUAUGCAAGUGCUAGUUAGAGCUGGUUUGAACGCGUCACUGUAUAGUGAUCAGAAAACCAAUCAUCAGAGAAUAAAAGACAAAGGUAUUAAAGGCAAAGACUUUUGCGGGGCACACACUACCGAAGAGUCACCGAAAUCUCCUGAAAAGGAGAUAGAUGAAAAGCAAAGCUCCUCCUCCAGGCCUACAUGUCUGGUGUGCAAUAAUCCGGAACAUCGCGUCAAGCACUGUCCUGAUUUCGCAAAGCUGGAACUGGAUGAACGUUGGAAACUGAUCCAACGUUUCGGAUUAUGCCGAAGUUGUUUGGGAGCCAACGGAGGCGACCAUAAGUUUCAUAGCGGAGCAAAGCCGAAUUCUAAUUCAGAUAAAAAGACUCCCAAGCAGGACAGCAAUGCGAACAAGAAGGAGGUAACGCGAAAUCUGACCGAUAAAGGGAACAGUUCGAAUGCCGUAACAAACCAUCAUUCCGCUGGUCAAGCGGCACUAUUUCGUAUCAUAUUAGUGACUUUAUAUGGGAACAACCGAUCUGUGCUGGCAUACGCUUUUCUGGACGACGGGUCGUCUAGAACACUAGUUGACGAGGCCAUCGUGAAGCAACUAGGCGUGAGUGGGGAGACACAACCUUUGUGUCUGCAAUGGACAGCCAACAUGAAGCGCACAGAAUCCGAUUCUCAGCGUAUUACGCUGGAAAUAGCUGGGUGUGCUAAUGAGAGCAAGUAUAAACUAACUGACGUACGAACGGUUACCAAGUUGGAUCUACCCGAACAGUCUUUGCGCUACAAUGAAAUGGUGAAAGCUUAUCCUUAUCUAAAAGGAUUACCUGUUGAAGACUACGACAAAGCAACGCCAUGUAUCCUUAUUGAUUCAUCUGUCGGACGUGCUCAUAGCUUUCACAUAUGCGAGUGCAAGAAACAGGAUCAAUCCGUACACGAACUAGUAGAGAAGUUUUUCGCGGUUGAGAGUCUCGGUAUAAUGGAAGUAUCGUGCCCAGAGUCAGCUGACGUACAACGUGCGAAUCAGAUUCUGCAGGGAACGAUCAGGCGAGUCGGGCAGCGUUUUGAAAUCGGCUUGCUGUGGAGAUUUGACCACUUUGAAUUCCCGGACAGUUACCCGAUGGCGGUGCGACGCUUGCAAUGUUUGGAACGGCGGAUCCAAAGCGAUCCUGUGAUAGGUGAAAGCGUAAAGAGACAGAUGGUCGAGUAUCAAGAAAAAGGAUACAUCCAUAAGGCGACAGAAGCAGAACUCCAGAAGGCGGAUAUGCGACGUGCGUGGUAUUUACCACUUGGUAUAGUUUUGAACCCUAAGAAGCCGAACAAAGUUCGUAUAUUCUGUGACGCAGCAGCCAAAGUGGACGGCGUUUUGCUGAAUACAAUGUUGAUGAAAGGGCCAGAUUUGCUAAAUACGUUGCUGGGAGUACUGUAUGGGUUCCGCGAAAAACGCAUCGCCUUUUCUGCCGAUUUGAAAGAAAUGUUUCACCAAAUUCUGGUGCGUAAUAAAGAUCGGCACGCUCAAAGGCUGCUUUGGCGAGAGGACUCAACGCUGGCUCCGGAGGUCUUUGUGAUGAACGUGGUUACCUUUGGAGCAGCUUGCUCCCCAUGUUUGGCACAAUAUGUGAAGAAUAAAAACGCGCAAGAACACGCCUAUAAAUAUCCAGCCGCUUCGGAUGCCAUCAUCCGGAAACAUUAUGUUGACGACUACCUCGAUAGUGCGGACGAUGUUGAAGAAGCAGUAAAGUUGGCACUAGAAGUUAAAUACGUUCACAAACUUGGAGGUUUUGAAUUGCGGAACUGGUUGUCCAACUCAAAAGAGGUACUCGCACAUGUCGGGGAAAACGAUCCAUCCAAGGAAAAAUGUCUUCAGCUGGACAUAGGAGAGGCGGUGGAGCGUGUGCUUGGAAUGUUUUGGAAACCGGAGCAGGAUAUUAUAACAUACUCUACGGAAUUGGCUGUAGCUACGGAGCGUCCCACCAAGCGACAAGCGCUGCGCGUAGUGAUGAGUCCAUUCGACCCUGCUGGACUAUUGUGUUAUUUUCUGAUUCAUGGCAAAAUAUUGAUCCAAGAGUUGUGGAGAGCCAAGACCGAGUGGGACGAAUUAAUUCUAGAGAACCUGUGUGAGAGAUGGUGGAGAUGGACUGAUUUGUUCCGCUAUCUGGACAAAAUCAAAAUACCGCGUUGCUAUUUUCCUGCUCGUUCAACGCAAGAGAUCGUGACAUUACAGCUACAUAUCUUUGUUGAUGCGAGUGAGGUGGCAUAUGCGUGCGUAGGUUAUUUACGAGCUAUUUUCCCUGGCAGCAUCGAAGUGGCUUUAGUCGGAGGAAAAUCGAAAGUGGCACCGCUGAAGGCACACUCGAUCCCGCGAUUGGAGCUGAUGGCAGCGGUUAUCGGUGUUCGGCUGAUGAAAAUAGUGUUGAAGAGCCACUCCCUACGGAUUGAGCGCACGGUUCUAUGGAGCGAUUCCAAAACCGUUCUGGCAUGGAUAAAUUCAGACCUUCGCAAUUAUCGACAAUUCGUCGCAUGCCGAGUGGGAGAAAUCCUAUGCAAGUCCCAGGCGGAACAAUGGCGUUGGGUGCCGACCAAAGAGAAUAUUGCAGACGAGGCGACGAAAUGGGGAAAAGGUCCCUGUAUGUCUCCCACGGGACGGUGGUUCUUGGGACCGGAGUUCUUGCGUCUAACAGAAGGUGAAUGGCCAGUUUCGGUGCAAUCAACUGAUGCCAAAACGGAGGAAGAAUUACGCGCAUGCAUGAUUCAUCAAGAUGUUAUCAAGCGAGAAAACAUGCACUGGGAAAUUUUUUCCAAAUGGAAUCGUUUAAAUCGUGCGGUGGCAUAUAUGCUUCGGAUCAUAAGACUCAUGCGGGAGAAAAAAGGAAAGCGCACAACAAGAGAGUUGGAGCGUGUUAAGGCGAUACUACAGGGAAAACAAUGGAGCUUGCUGCAGUUCGAUCCGCUCGAGCAGGAAGAAAUGCAGUUGGCAGAGACUACCAUUUUUCGCUGGGUGCAGAGAGAGCAGUAUCCCGAUGAGUCAGUGACUCUAUUCCACAAUCGUGGUGAGCAGAACAGACGACAGGUUAAACUGGAGAGAACUAGUCCCAUCCGCAAAGCUUCUCCGUUCAUGGAUGAGUGUGGAAUUAUUCGAUCGGAUGGCAGGAUAGCAGCAGCAACAUGUGUCACGUUUUCCACGAAGUUUCCGAUUAUCCUUCCGAAACAGCACUGGGUAACGUAUUUGAUUUGUGACUGGUAUCAUCAGAAACACUAUCAUGCAAACCGAGAGACUAUAGUGAAUGAGAUGAGGCAGCGGUUUCACAUUUCGGAGCUCAGAGCAUUAGUAAGAAUGUGUCCGAAGAAAUGCCAGGUUUGCAAGGUUAAAAAUCCGAUAGCGGCAGUGCCUCGAGAGGCACCGCUUCCCGCAGCAAGAUUGCAGGCGUACGUGCGUCCGUUCUCAUAUGUAGGCGUGGAUUAUUUUGGGCCACUCGAAGUGCGUGUUAAUCGUAGUCACGUCAAGAGGUGGGUGGCGUUGUUCACCUGCAUGACUGUACGAGCAAUCCACCUGGAAGUUGUACACUCACUUUCUACUGAAUCUUUCAAAAUGGCACUCCGCCGCUUCAUCAGUGCACGUGGGGCUCCUGUUGAGAUCCGUAGUGACCAGGGUACAAAUUUUGUAGGGGCAAAUAACGAGUUAAGGAGAAAACUUAAAAACAUCAACGAGCAGCUUUGUGAAACGUUUACUAAUGUAGAAACCAAGUGGGUCUUCAACCCACCCGGUGCACCUCAUAUGGGUGGCGCAUGGGAGAGAUUGGUGCGGUCGGUAAAAUGUGCUUUGGCUGCCAUGGAUACAACUAGAAAACCGAACGAAGAGACUUUGGCGACGUUGGUGAAGGAAGUGGAGAGUUUGAUAAACUCCAGGCCGCUCACAUACAUCCCGUUGGAAGUUGGGGAACAAGAAGCUCUCACGCCAAACCACUUCCUUCUUCUGAGCUCGAGUGGUGUGGUGCAAACUCCGAAAUCGUUGACAGAUAUGAAGCAAGCAAGUCGGUCCGAGUGGAACAAAUGCCAGGGGAUGAUUGAUCAGUUCUGGCGUCGCUGGGUACGCGAAUAUCUUCCGACUAUAGCUCGGAGAACCAAAUGGUUUGAAGAAACCAAGCCUAAAGAGGUAGGAUAUCUGGUUGUCGCAGUGGAAGAGAAAGUACGCAACGGAUGGAUGCGAGGACGAGUGGUGAAAAUCAUUAAAGGACGUGAUGGUCGCGUAAGAACGGCAGUAAUUCAAACGAGUCGCAACACGUUAAUGGAAAGACCGGUAGCUAAAUUGGCGCGGUUAGACAUUGUAGUUGGUGGUAAAGCAGAUCCGGAGGCCUGA